UCAGUGAGACUAACUUCUUCUCUCUUAGGACAAACGGCAGACUCCAGAGGUCCCACCAUGUCUUUCAUUUCAGCCUUCUUGCAGCAGACGAUGUACAUGGGCAUGCCCGAUGACUCAGUCCUGAAGAAAGAGGGGACGGUGACUGCAGCACCCAACUUCAGCCCCGAUGGAGAUGCAGCAGUCUUGGAAAAGGCCAUCAAGACAAAAGGUGUGGAUGAGAACACCAUCAUUGAAAUUCUGGUGAAAAGGAGCAACGAGCAGAGACAGCAGAUUAAAGAGGUUUACCAGAAGGCCAGUGGCAAGCCUCUGGAGUCAGCUCUAAAGAGUGCUCUGAAGGGAGAUCUGGAGGAUGUGGUUUUGGCUCUGCUGAAAACACCGGCCCAGUACGAUGCCCAUCUGCUGAAAGGAGCUAUGAAGGGUGUAGGCACAGACGAGGAAACCCUGAUAGAGGUUUUGGCUUCCAGAAACAACAGAGAGAUUCUGGAUAUAAAGAAAGCCUACAAAGAAGAAUACAAAAAGGACCUUGAGGACGACAUCAAGGGUGACACUAGUGGAGAUUUCAGGGCUGCACUCUUUGAACUGUGCAAGGCCAACAGGACUGAAGGAGUGUGUGAGCAGAUGAUUGAUAGCGAUGCCAGGGCCCUGUACGAGGCCGGAGAGGGGAGGAAGGGCACGGCCUGUUCCGUCUUCAUCGACGUUCUCAUCACCAGGAGCGCCCCACAUCUCCGGAAAGUGUUUGAGAGAUAUUCUAAGUACAGCAAAGUGGACGUGGCUAAAGCCAUCGACCUGGAGCUGAAGGGAGAUAUAGAAAGUUGUCUCACUGCAGUAGUGAAGUGUGCUGGCAGCAGGCCUGCGUUCUUUGCCGAGAAACUCCACUUGGCCAUGAAGGGUAAAAGUCCCCAAAAAAAUGCCCUAACUCGCAUCAUGGUGAGUCGCUCUGAAAUCGACAUGAAGCGGAUCAAGGAAGAGUACAAGAAAAACUACGGAAAAACACUCUACCUGGAGAUUCUGGAUGACACUAAGGGAGACUAUGAGAAAAUCCUGCUCGCUCUCUGUGGGGAAAACUAAGAGCGUGUCAACAAGAUCAAGGCUCAUCCAACUCAAGAUCCAGCAGCGGGUCCAGCUGUGGAAAGCCACUGAUAUAUGAUAUCACACAUUGUGCCCUAUGAGGAGAACGGACAAGACAAGUCUCCUUGUGACUGUCAUGACAUUUAGUAGAUAUUUACAGUAUUACGCAAAGAUUUACAUGGAAUCAUCACCGCUUCAGCAGAUCUUUUCUCUACAACUACUUUUAAAGCAGCACACAUUGAUCUGCAGCAGUGGACCAGUACUCUCUAAAGUAGACUUAGCCUUACACUCAUUAGGUUCUUACCUCUGUCGUCACAGUGCAGCUGCUUAUACAUAUAUAUAAAGGUCAUCGUCUUCCGAUCUUAUUGCCAUUGCAGCAGGAGAAGUUACCCUUGAAGGCGCAUGGAAGUAAAAAGCUUUUUGUAAAAAUG